AUGAGUGGAAGCAAUAAGCUUGAAAAGUUAUCAUCUGGAAAUGAAAUGUGCAAUAAAGCAUUAACAUCGACAUUGAUGUUAGCAGAUCGAACAUCUAGCACUGCUGAAGCAGUUAUAAAUUCUGUUGUUAAUCGUCAGCAUGAAGCACUCAAAACGGGUAAAUCAAACAUUGAAACGCAAGUAUCUCCGAUAAGAGAAAUAUUGGAAAUUCGCCGUAAUAACUUAUCUGGUGAAUUGCUUGUGCUCAGAGAUAUUGAGAACAGUCCUAAAAAGGUUGGGUGGAUUGGUGAGCCCGCCUUUCAUCCACUGGCGCUUAUUCGUGGUCCUAGCGGAACAUUUGCCGUUUCAAAGAAGGUGGUGAUUAUUGGCCGAGACUCUGCAAAUUCGAUUACAGAUCUUGUAGUUCAGGAAAGCAAUUACGUAAGCAGGUGUCAUAUUAUUCUGUACCAUACUGGUCAACAGAAUAGAUGGAAUAUCAAAGUGAAUGGGAAGAACGGUGUGCUCAUCAAUGGAAUUAUGUAUGGACAGUCUGAACAGGCUCGAAGUAUUCCAUUUAGCUGCAUUUUUCAUUUCCCUUCCACACAUAUUGUUAUACUAUUUCGUGGUGUGGAACCACUACCUGGCACUGCGAAUUCGCUUGACUGUAACGUUCAGCUAAUAGGAAAUGAAAUAGAUUCAGCAGUUUCCUUGGCUGAUGAAUAUGGAUGCAUCAGUGCUAAGUGUUCUGUAUCCCUGAUUUUCGAACCUAGAAAAAGGGGAACCGCAUUUGCUCUUACAGAAUCAGAUAAAACAUUUUAUUUGUCUAAUAAGCCUCAUAUGGAAGAAUGCACGAACAUACCAACAACUGAACACAGCGAACUGGUCCAGAUACCUUCUGGGACUUCUGCAGGAGCAGAUGUCAACACUGGACCGCCGACAUCAAUGUCAACCUCACAUUCUGGUCGAAACUGCAAAGAAGAUUAUGAAAUCUCGGAUGAAAAGCCACCAUAUUCAUACACUCAGCUGAUCGUCCAAGCUAUUCUGAGUUCACCAGAUCGGCAGACAACUUUGUCAGAUAUUUAUAACUAUAUCACAAGCCGUUAUCCGUGGUAUCGUAAAACAGAUAAAGGUUGGCGAAAUUCAAUCCGUCAUAAUCUUUCACUGAAUCGAUAUUUCAUAAAGGUCGCACGUUCUCAGGAAGGACCCGGUAAAGGUUCAUUUUGGAAGAUCGAAUCAUCUGCUUUACGUAACAUCGAAUUGGUUUACAAAAAAAGAAAAUCAAAAUCAUUAAAGUGUAACAAAUUCUCGAAUCUUAUAAUGAACAGUGGUCCAAAAUCUGACAACAUCAUGACCUGUGCAGCAUCCGAAAUAGAAAGGAUUGAAACAGAUUCAUAUACCGCUGAUCGACAGUUUAUUGCUGACGCGGAAGUGUGUGAGGAAAUGUUGGUAUCGAGCAACGGUAGCACCAACAAUAGUAGCAAUAGUAAUAAUAGCAGCAUCUUCUUCAGUAGUGAUAGUAGUAGUAGCAAUGGAAAUAGCAACACCACCAUCAGCAGUGGUAGCAGCAUCAUCAGCAACAGUAAUAGUAUCAGUUGCAACAAUACAAAAAUGAAUGCAAGUGGUAGAAUUCCCAGUUAUUUUGCAGGUAUAGAUCCAUCUACCAACAUACAAUUUUCGCCUCCUGAAUCACUGUUUCCAUUGCACCAGCCACAAAGUUGUAUUUUUCCAGAUAAUAAUCCUCGUUUGAAAAAGGAUAUCACUGUAUUCCCGAUGCAGGAUAAUAAAGUAUUAACUGAAGAAGUGGGAUUUGAACAUAGCGCACCGCGUUCUCCUAAAAACGUAUCAGGAACAGAAUUUCAUUCUUGCGGUGGAACGUUUAAAGUUCAUCAGUCUGUGGAAGAUGGACGCUCUCGUCUUCAAAUCUGUCCUUCUGCACCGGAAUAUCGGUCCGUCAAUAUCAACAAAUUGCCGGAGGCAUUAAGCUCUAAUACAUUGCAUCUUAUCGCUCCGUACGCCCAAAACGGAACAAAUAGUCUAUGCACGACACCUGUUCAAGAAGUGCUUCAGGGUCAGAGUGGAGUGAAUCUUAUGUUGAGCAGUUCAAAUGAGCUGCAGCAUCAUAAGGCUAAUAGGAAGAAAGCACAGCCACAUCAUUCUAACAGACGACGAAAUCACACCUACUCAUCACUAGUGGAGCCAAUUAUUAGUGAAAAAAUGAUGGUCACACCAGGUCAUUUGUACAUAAGACCAGAGCAGCAGCGCAUAAGUACAUCUGGUGCACAACAAGUCGUUGGCACCAAAAAUUACGUUGGAGAUGCCAAAGUUGUCGUUGGAAGUGAACAGGGUGGCUCUUUUACACGACUACCAAUUGUGCGAAAAUAUGGUGUUGAUGAGUCUGUUAAAUUGAAUGCGCCGGAAAUGCAGCGCUUAUCCAGAGAUGGUUUCAUGCCAGAUAUGCUAAUUCAGCGAAAACGAACAUGCACCAAUGAUAUUACUGCUCGAAAACAACAUAGAGUUACUAAAAAGCUCAAAGAGGCGGCAGAGCAAAAGAAAACAUUUGGUGUACAACUUUCAGGUGCUGCACAAACUAAUAAUGAAAGUACUACUUGGACAGGAAAUCCUGUACCGACUCUUCCAUCUCAUAUAACGUUAGAAACUGCCACCUCGACUAAUCCUAAUUUUCUGGCGCAACAGUUCCAAACUGAUAACAACAUAAAUGGAAAUCAGGUUGAGCCUAAUACUGUUGAAAAUAAUUCUGCAUUGGAUAAAUUGAAGCUUGCAGCAAUUUUCUCUUAUGCGAAGUCGGAAUUGCUGCGAAACAGAUUAUUCAGAGAGAUGCUGUCGCAGCUGCAACCAAACUGUGGAACCAGUCUGAAUUCGCAAACGCAAACAAGUACCUCUACGACAACACAACAGGCAAACAACUGGCAAGCUACAGCAAUGCAAAACGCAGAACUUGUAGCAUUAUAUCAACAAUUGUUGGCGAAACCCGACAUGUUAAACACCAUACAAUCAACCCAACCGGUGAAUGCACCUGUUACUGGAGUAACUUCACAGAAUCUGCCGAAUUUUAAUCCUUUAUUAUCAAAUGCCGCUUCGAUGAUGAUAAUUUCGCAGCUGGAAGCUGCUGCAUACAUACAGUACCAGUCAAAAAUUCAACAGAUGUCUGCCUCUUCCAUGUCGUUAGAGUAUCUUUCUAAUUACGUUAAUUACAUUAAAGUGCUUGCGGGUUUUUCGGUAGCGCAAAGUCAGCCACAGCCAUCAGAUCCAGUUGCCCCAACAAAUGGUAAACAGCAACAAUAUCAAAACGUUCAAGAGGCGCAGUCCCGAUUUAUUUUCCCAAAUUACUCCUUCCCAACAACUUUUCCACUUAAUUCUGUUCUUACUCAUAACUUAAAUUUGAAUACGAAUCAGUGGUUGAAUUAUUAUAUGCGAUUGCUCGCUAUUCAAUCCAGUCCAAUAGGGCCGUCCACUUCAUCCACCACUUCAUUAUGGAAUCCACUCUCUACGCCUACUCUUCAGAACGCUGCACCGGCACCUGUGCCGAAUGUACAGAAGGAGCCCUGUGAUUUAACGACACAGCGCAAUGGUGGUGGUGGUAGCGGGGACAGUCGGGAACGACAUCCGAAUGAUUUGGAGGUGGCAGAGAUACUAGCAUCAAUCGCUGAUACUCCUUCUGGAUAUAAAGGUAAUUAG